AUGGAGUUCAAGGAUCCAGGUAUCGGAGACGACCGAGACGUCUCCUGUGCGCCACAGAGCGAUAUAAGAGACGCAACCAGCAUGGAUAGAUGGACAGGAUUCUUGCAAUUGUACGAGUCGUUUAUUACGCGGGAAUUGGCUCAAAAAUACCCGCAAUUUGUCCGCGCAUUGCGUCAAUUGGAGAGAGACACGCGUCUUGAGCAGGAACGACAGAACGCGCAGGUUCUAGCAACGUUGAGGCUUAAAGAUGCAAAGAUCUCGGCGCUGCAAAAGGCCGUGAUUGAGCAGCGCGAACAAUUAGACGUCGUGCUGGACGAAUUAGAGCGAAGAGAGACAAAAGUUGACAAGGAGGUGCAGAUGGGGGAAGAGAGACAGUUGGAGGACGCUGCAGUGCAGACGAAGAGUGUUGCGAAGGAGUUAAAUGAAAUUAGUACUCAGACAGAGAAGAGUGAAGAAGAAACUGGAGUUUUAACGCUCUUAGAGAAGCUAGAGAAGGAACUGAAGACGUUGGAAGAGAAGAACUUGGCGCUGGAGAAGGAAUUGCAACAUAGAGUGAAGAAAAAUGAGAAUGAAGAGAAUUUCGAGAACAGUGAGGAAUUGGACAAUUGUUUAGAGGUUCUACAACGCGGAAUGGAAGCCAUGAACUUGUCCUGUGGCUGUGUGGAGAGCCCGCUGAUGUUUUUUGUUGGUUUGCCUGGUGAGGAAGAAACCGUGUCGACGUGUGUGAAUCUAGAACAUCGUCUGGAAGCACAAGCGGUUCGACUAGAGCAUGUUCAAGAGUGUUUGUAUUUAUGGCGUGAUGCAGCGGUGCAAUUUAUGAAGCGACAGGACUCUAGUGACAGUGGAAAAGAACUGACACUUCCGUCAAGUUCGUCGUCGGGAAUUGCUCGACGGGAUGAUAAUAUUGCGCCUCAAUGUUUGACCGCUCUUCGAGGUGCGUUAGCACAGAUCCGACAGCACAUUUUCCAACCUCAUGGUAGUGACAACCAACACGCUGUUACAGAGUUGGCAAAAGUUCUUUCUAACGGGAAAAAUGGCGUAAAAGAUGCAGCGAAGAUGGUUCGUAAGUGGGCAGGGUGGGAAGCCAAUCACUUGGAUGAAAUACGCUCUAUAAGGCAGAGCUUUGCAGAGGAACACGCAGUGAGUUUAAGCCGUCGAACUGCGUUGCUAAAGCGAAUUGACCAGUUAGAGCGACGAGAACUGGACGCGCGUGCGGAGGUGAACGCAUUGAGAAAGAAACUAUGGCUUUGUGAGAGUAAAAUCGAGCGAUUUUCGUCAUAUUUACCAUUGUGGAAACCUGAUAAUUCUUCUGACGGGGCAGAUAAACGUGAAGUUUUGGAGUAUCCGCAACUGAUUGUGAGACUUGCCACCGCGGAGCAGAGUUUGCUGGUGAAAGAUGAACAAUUGGUGGCUGCUAACGAGACUAUUAGAGCGCUUUCGACUGGUUUGGUCCCUACUAAUACCUCAGGAUCUCGAGACGACUCAAUGAGUCGAAUGAUUACGGAGCUACAGCGCGUUUCAAGGCAGAAACUCGAUUUUUUCCGAAGACGAGAGAAGGACCUUGUGACUGUGAGUCAGUAUUUUCAAAUGGAGAAGACGUGUCUUCAAUUACAAUCACGUCUCCAAGCGGAGAAGAAGCAGACGGCGAUACUGAAUGCAGCAAAAGAGGUCUGUGAACAGGAGCGUGACGAACUUCUAAUGAAAGUGGAAAAGCUGGAGACGGAGAUUUUACUGGCAAAUGUAAAUCGUAAGUCGACAAUCUCUUUACUGUCAACAGACAAGCAAGUUGACACUACAGAACACAAGAACGACGAUUCUAGUGCUCUGCUGUUUGCAUUCAAACGUUUACGACUCAUGGAAGAGGAUCGCAAAGUGAUGCGAGAACGUCUUCGACACUUUCAGCAGCAAGCUGCCUUGCUACAACCGCGACUGCAGGAGGUUAAAGCGGUCGAGAACCAGACAAUCCAGACGAAUGUUAUGAAUUGCGUCGCCGAGCACCAUCAAAAAUGUGUCGGUGAUUUCAAGAAAUUUCUCGAUCGACAAAGUGAAUUACCACUAGCUGAGCAACAAGAAUCUGCGGGAGAUAAUGACGUUGUGAAGCAAUCGCUGCUUGAGUGGGAUAUUUUUCUGGGUCACUACGAGGCUUUAUGGAUCGCAUUCGACUGUCUUAUGACUUUCGUUGGACACUUCCCGGCAUUUGGUAAAGAAUCUUCAACUUCUGACGACACCUCCUCAAGACUGCAAGCUUUAGAGUUCGAGAUUCUGAAGCGUGAUGAAAUGAUUUUGUUAUUACAGCAGCAAUUGAUGGAUCAAGGACAACAAACGAAUUUCCUGAACUAUGAGAAUAAUUAUCACAGCAACAUUCAUAAUGCUGUCGAGUUAGUGUACGAAAAACCAAUGGAUGCCUCACAGUACUCACCACACGACAAGGAAAUGUCUGAAGAUGACCAGUCAUUUUUGGCAUCGAAACCCCUGGAGUCACCUCUUGAACCGGACAGGAUGACGAAUAACGGGUCGGGUAACGAGGCAACACUACCAGGCUAUACAGCACUGAUGGAAGAGCGUAAGAGAAUGGCGACUGAGCUAGAAGAGUGUCUGGCCAAGUGUGCUAAUCUAACUUCGCAAAAUACCAAGCUAGCGGGACGAUUGAAAGCGGAAAAGAAGAUCAACAAACAGCAUUUAAGGGAUCAGAAAGAGAUACGAACACAGCUCAGUGCGGAGUCGAAACAUAUUUUAGACGAGUAUCGAGAUCAAACUACUACGUCGUCAAACAUCCACGUAAGUCCAGCAGAAGAUACAGAGCAAGCCAAAGGGAACGAUGAGAAGUGUGUCAAGAAUGCCAGUCCUCGAAGUCAGCAGAUUAAGGAAUACGAAGCUCUAAGAGAGCAGCUGGCGCUAAGAGAACAAGAAAAUCUGGCGCUAGUGCAGUCUCUUUGCACCAUCAAGGAGAAAUGUGCGGAAACGGAGGCAAUUCACCAGAAAGAGCUUCGUCUCAAGGCUGCGGAACAUGAAGAGAGCAUGGAAAGCUACAUGACAACAGUCAAUGAGACGUUAUCGCGUAUCGAGAUCGACAAAAAGCGUCUAGAAGAAGAAAAUACCGAACUACGCUCCAGUCCGCAGCAGCUUGAUGAGCAUACAGCACGGAACAAACCGGAACAAUCUCAGCGAAACACCAUAGGCACGAACACUGAAUCCGUGUUUGAUUUGGCUGCAAAUAGUCAAGAAAAAGAAACUCUGACGGCACGUAUUGACGAUUUGGAGCUGCAGUUAUCUCGCGAACGGAAACUUGUUGAAGUGCUGGAGCAGAAAAAACAUCUUCAGACUGAGCGUGAUGAACAACUGGAGAGUAACACACAAAGUGAAGCUUUGAAAGCGCAACAAGAGUAUAAAACACGCUGCGAGAAUUUACAGAAGUGGCGAGAGAAGCUUCAACAAGAGUUUGCAGACUAUCAAAAGACACAAAGUGCAUCACAACAUGAAAGUGACAGACGCAUCGAGUUCCUCUCAACUUGUAUCGAGGAGUUCAUUCGUGUCGCGGAUGAGAACGCAUCAAAUAGAGUUUUGACUAAAGAACUGUACGAUGCUAUGAUGGAGCUUAGUAAGCAACAGAAAAAGCGAAACAAAGACCAAAAAUCGACUGCUUCUUGUCGAGAAGACAUGGUAUUUGACGCCAAUAAGGACCAAAAUGAACCCGAGAUGAGCGAGGCAAUGUGGUGGAAGUUACGGGCGUCCAAGAUGGAGGCUCACGUACGCUCUGCGAUGUUGCGGAACGAUACAUUUGAAGAUACUAUUCGUCAGCUUGAAGUGGGUAUGAGUAAUGUGAAGCAAGAGUUGGCAUCAAGACUGUCACUUGAGGCCCAAUUGGUGUCGCAGUUGGCUGCUCUGAAGUCUGAGUUAGCAACUACGAAAGAUCAAGCUGCGUCGCUAGCAGAAAAGUAUCAACUCGCUAGUACUGAGCUUGAAAAACGACAAGGAGAGGCUUCGACUCGUGGUGACGAAACACAACGUGCUCGUAUGGCAAUGCAACGCAAAACGGAGCUUUUAUCGCAACAAAAAGCUAAGGUAUCAUCGCUUCAACAAGAGUUAGAGCAAGCGUCCAAGAAGCUUGAGCGACUGGCAACUGCAGAGAAACAAGCAGCAUUGCUGCAACAAAAAGCAAAGGAACACACGCAGCAGCUCUUACAUGCUCGUCAAUGUUACGAACGAUGUCGUGAAGACAACGUUCAACUGUCAAUCCACUUGGAAAAAAUGAAGGAGCGUCACGCGAGUAUUGUGGCUCGGUUAAAAGCUGCCCGAGCUGAGAACGCUAAUUUACGGACUGAGCUCAAGAACAGUGCAAAGGGUGAUGCUAAGGAGACCGCGAGUAGCAACAACCAACGGAGAAAUCAAGCAGAAUUGAACGCUGUUUCUGUUGCCUCCUUGACUGAAGAGGCUCGAGCGCUUAAACGACGAGUGUUACAGAAGCAAGACGUGAUCGUAAGCUACAAAGCGAAGCUGACAGAGUAUGAAGCUCAGUUGGAACGGCAGCGAGAGACUAUGCUGAAGCUAGCACGUACGAAUCGCGAGUUGCAACAAGGACAGCGUCAACGCCAACAACAAGAACAGGAGUACAUGUCGUCGGUUCAUGCUAAGCUAGAGGCACAACUUGGAGCGAAGCAAGAGCAGUUGGAUGGCUUACGUGCUUCCGUUUACGAUUCUUUCGAGGCCUUCGUAUAUUGUCAGCCCCCGUCGUUGAUAAGGACAGCUUCGUCCUCAUCCGGUUUACUUGAUAGCCCCCUAACGGAGGAAAGCGAUGACAACCUGUUUGCAGUUCGGAAAUGGACGGACUUUUCAGUCAAAGACCUCGAGGAGCUGAGGCUAACGCGAGAUCCUUUGCGACUGCGACAAGACAAAGAGCAUGAACGCAACCAAAUGAAGCGGAAGAUAGCUCGGACAUCACUUCAAGAGAUGGAACGGGCUUUGGAGGGGAAUCCUGAGGACUGCCGUGCUGAAAUAUGCGAUCUUCUCCAGUGUCUCUGCACUUGAUGUCGUAGUGGUGACUGUGAAGAUAGUCACCACUACGAGAUUGCUUCUUGUACUCGUAUAGAGCGGCGGCGUCGUCCGAGACCGUACAGCUAUUGAACAACAGCCAUAAGGAGAGCAGAGUGUUUGGGGAAGCAACAAAUCAACAGUCCGACGCGGUGUUCUUUACAAAAUUUAGGACACUCGUUGCUGUCCGUUUAUAUUACUUGGUAUAAAAAACACGGACAGCGUGGAACCAAUAUUAUUAUUGGUAAGUUCCACGUGGAAUAUCCACGUUGCUUAUAAUUCUUCGUGUUUCGAGUUCGCCA